AUGAAAGCAAUAUUGGUAUUGAAACAGACAAUAUACUUUUGUUUUGUGUUGAGCACGCUUAAUGCUGGGAAGAAUUCUAAAACAUCAAAUGAAAUUGAAAAUGUUUCGAAUUAUUCAACUGACUGCUUCUCGCAACAAGUUUUUCUCAUCGAAAAAAAUGACUUCAAAGAAAAAGCAACUUACUAA